GUAUACUGAAGAUUUAGCUAAACUGACUUGUGAAAUUUCUAUAAAACAAAAAUUAAUAGAAGAAUUAGAAUUGAGUCAGCAGAGGCUUCAAACUUUACGCCAGAAUUAUGAAGAGAAGUUAAUUCAGCUGCAAAUGAAAAUACGUGAAACAGAAAUUGAGAGAGAUAAAGUUUUAGACAGUUUGAAAAAAAGUACAGAAACAAACAUGAAAGACAAAGUAUUAAAAGUGAAGAGUGAUUAUGAAAGAAAACUAGGUUCUAUGCAAAGUGAAUUAAAGAAAUUACAAGCAGCUAAGAAAGAACAUGCUCAAUUAAUGCGAAAUCAAUCUCAGUAUGAACAGCAAGUUAAGCAAUUAAGACAGGAAGUUUUGGACAUGAAAAAGAUGAAGGUUCAACUUCUAAAUAAAAUGAAAGAGGAAUCGCAGCGUCACAAAUUAGCAGAACAGCAGCGUGUCAGAGAAAUUGCUAAGCUGAAGAAAGAAAGCAGAGUUAAAGAACAUCAACUGAAAUCUCUAGAAUCUGAAAAGAGGUUGAAAGAGCAAAUUCUAAAAAGGAAACAUGAAGAAGUGAUGGCUCUUCGUCGAAUGGCUAAACCAAUGUCUGAUGCAGUGGCAGGAAGAGUAGAUAGACGCAGAUUUGCAGGAAUGAAUAGAAGCCUUCCAUUUUCACCAAAAGUAGCAAAAAACAAAUGGCAAAACCUAGAAAAAAGUAUUAAUAAAUUGGUAAUGAGCAAACAAAGUGUAUAUAACAUUGAAAAAGACAUGGAAAGAUGGUUACAGGAAAGAGACAAAUUAAGUAUUAAACUGGAAAAAUUAAAAAAGAAGAAAUAUCAAGCAGUUAAAGAAAAUAAGGCAGAAAUUUUAAUAAAAGAUAUUGAAGAUCAAAUAGAAACAUUAAAAGCAAAUAUUGAGUAUUUACAAGAGAAUAUAUCAGAAUCACAAAGUAGUAUUGUACAAAUUGAAGAAAGUAAGGAUGAUUCAGAUCUGUUAGAUGUUGAUAGUUUAUUGUCUAGAUCACAACCAGAAGAAAUGAGAUACAUUUUAGAGAAAGCACUAAAUAUGGCUGUGAAUCAGAGUUUCCAAAUAAUGCAAAAAGAAAUGAAUGUAAAAGAAUUGGAAGCUAAAUUAAAGCAAGUAUCAGAUGACAAUAAUUUACAGCAAAAAUUACUUCAUCAUGCUUUACAUCAAACAAAUGAUGAUACUUAUGUUCUUAUUAUGGGAGAUGAUGAUCAAGAUAUUGAUUCUGGUUCUGUUUCGCCAGUUAACAGUGCUGCAUUAGAUGUAGUUUCAAUUACAAGUGAAGGAAAGCCAGAAAAAGCCAGGAGGAGAACGGCUACACCUGAAGAAUUAUUGUAUGGGGGAAGUCAGAUAAUUAUUGAACCUCAAGUAACAACUAUAACUGAAGAUGUUCAAGAAAAUAACGAUGAUGAAACUUAUUCGUUACCUACACCUACCAUACCAUCUCAUGGAAUGACAAGAGUGACAAGUGCACCCUCUUCACUAAGGAAAAAAAUGCAAGAUAAAAUGUUACCUCCAGAGAUUUCUCCUGGAGCCCGUCGUAGAGAACUUAACUUUAAUUUCCUUUCCUACUCACGCCAAAGUUCUACGGAAUAUGACAGUAGUCCUCCCUCAUCUCCUCCUCCAAGUAGACGUCAGAUAAGAGAUGAUAACGUAUUUUCACGGCUAACAAGUGGAACCACGAGACGAAUGAGUAGAUAUGAAAAAGGUGCAAUAAUUCCAUAUACAGGAAAGCCCUCCUAUAACAAAACUUCAUUUUUUGUAUGUACUCAUAUUGCUGAAGGACACAAUAAGCCUGUUUUAUCUGUGACUGCUACAGAUGAUGUGUUGUUUAGCAGCUCAAAAGAUAGAACUGUAAAGAUUUGGGAUCUACAUACAGGACAGGAAAUCCAGACUCUAAACAAACAUCCUAAUAAUGUUACAGCUGUACGUUACUGUGAAUACACUAGGCUUGCAUUUAGCAUUUCUACUGCAUAUGUAAAAGUUUGGGAUGUAAGAGUGGAUCCAUCGAAGUGCAUUAAGACUUUAUGUUCCUCAGGUUUAACAAAUAAUGGUCCUAUGGUAAUGAACACUCCUUCAAGAGUGAUUCAGCUUCCUACUGGUGAAACUCAAAUUAACGAUAUUGCUUUAAAUCAAUAUGGGACCACGUUAUUUUCUGCAGCAAGUAACAUUGUACGAAUCUGGGAUUUAAGAAAAUUUCAGAGUGUAGGUAAACUGAGUGGUGGACAUCAAGCUGCUGUCAUGUGUCUUGCAGUUGAAGAACAUGGCAUUGAUAAUAACUUAAUAGUCACUGGGUCUAAAGAUCAUUAUAUUAAAAUAUUUGAAGUAGCAGAAGGUGAAGGAGGCAUUCAUAGUCCUAAAGUAAAUCUUGUUCCUCCCCAUUAUGAUGGCAUUCAAUCAUUAGCCAUCAGUGGUAAAUAUUUAUUCUCUGGAUCUCGUGACAUGUGCAUCAAAAAGUGGGAUGUCUUUGAGCAGUGCUUGGUUCAGUCGCUAAAUCAAGCACACAAAAAUUGGAUAUGUGCUUUAAAUUUAUUGCCUUCAAAAUCAAUGUUACUCAGUGGAUGCAGAGGUGGCCAACUAAAAUCAUGGUCUUCCGAAAGCUGUCAGCUUCUAGAUGAAAUAAAAGCACACAAUGCACCUAUCAAUUCCAUUGCUACCAAUUCAACCUCAAUAUUUACUGCCUCUAACGAUCAUACUGUGAAGAUAUGGAGAUUCCGCAGUAAUUUUGAUAUGUCUCCUGAUCUAAUAGAUCAAAUUGAAGAUUAGUCUUUGUGAUUACAUUGUGAUAUGAAAUUGCUCUUCCUAAUAUACCAAAAAUUACAAAACCAAACCUACAUUCCAGUAUCAAACUGUGAUGUUUUUAUACAUAUAUAUAUAUAUAUAUAUAUAUGAUUUGAAAAGCUACAUUCCUCAAUUUUAUUUAUAGUGCAAUGCACAUAUGUUGGUUUUUGUAUAUUUAUUUUGCAGGUAUUAUUUUAGCUAUUUGUGAUAAAAUGCCUGUUUCCUGCACUUCUUAGUAUUACAAAUUUGUCAACAGUAUACAUAUCGCUGGAGUAAGAACUUGUGUUUGAUCUCCAUUUAAACCAAAGUGAUCACUGUGCCUUUUUAUUGAAAAGGUGUCUUCUUCAAUGCUUUAGUGUAAUAAAGUGACUUAAAUUUUAUUUUUAAUCCAAACUGAAGCUCUGCAGGCAAGAUCUGUACAUAUUCGAGAAUUUAAUUUUAUUGAUGGAAAGUAUUAUUAAAAUUUUAAAUUAAAGACAAAAAUGAAUGACUUUGACUUUUUUUUAUCAUUUAUUCAUAUUUUUUUUAAAUUUCUGAAUGCUAAAACUUUACAACAGGAAUAGUUAUAUGUAGAAGUACUGAGUAGCAAUAAUCUAGUGGCAAAGAUAGUAGAGACCAGCCUGUCAAUUUUGGACCUAAUGCAGGAUUUGAGUCAACUCAGAGAACUAAAAACUACAAAAAAUUUAUGAUAACCUUAUUUACAUUCUGCGCUUGAUUGUCUUUUCUUCUGUUUUCUCAUUAUUAGAGUAUAGAAUCUAGUAAAUUAAUUUUUAAUCUCAAAUUCUAUUACUAGUGAAUGAAGACAGUGAAACAAAUGGCUUCAAGGCUCAUUGCAGUUGUGAUUUUAGGCUAUUUUGUUCUCGUACAUAUCUGUCAGCAUUUAUUUCUUUCUUGUUUACAAAACAGUAUGUAAUAAUUUGAUACCAGCCAUUGUAAAUAGGGGUACACAAUAAUGAAAAUAUAAUGCCUGAAAACUAAUUUUGAGAGAUAUCAUUGUAUUAGAAUAUUUUUAUCAAUUGAACAAGAUUGUUAGAUUUAAAUCUGAAUAUUAUACAAAGAAUGUUUGGUUGUAUUACACUGACUUAAUAUGUGCUGAAGCACUAGUUUAAAUAAUUUUUAUAGUAUUGUACUCCUGAUAAACAUUCGGUUUUAGCAGUAACACAUUAUCCUCAAUAAAGUCUUGCUCAGAAAUUGCUGUUUACAUGAUAUAAUCAUGUAAAUAGCAGUCAAUCAAUCUCUAUCCAUGUAACAAGUUGUUAUAAACUUUCCUUAAAAUUGUCAACUAGAAACAAAAGCUUAAAAAAAACCGAUUUU